UGUCAUUUCAUAUAAACACUGCAAAGUGUUCUCACCGAGGAAAAAGAAAAGCAAAGAAAAAUGAAGAAAUGUGAACUAUGUGGAGCGUUAGCUCGAAUGCACUGUGAAUCGGACCAAGCAAGCCUAUGUUGGGACUGUGACGUGAAGGUUCAUGGAGCCAACUUCCUUGUAGCAAAGCACACCCGAACCCUCCUCUGCCAUGUCUGCCAAAACCCCACUCCCUGGCUCGCCUCCGGUCACAACCUCGCCCCUGCUGUCUCUGUUUGCGAGUCAUGCAUUGGCAACGGCAACAACAACAACAAAAACAACGAUAAUUGUGAGGUGAUUUCGCAGCAGGAUGAGCCAUCGGAGGCAGAUUAUGAAGAUGAUGAUGAUGAGGAAGAGGAGGACGACGACGACGAAGAAGAAGAAGAAGAAGAAGAUGAGGAGGAUGACGAAAAUCAGGUGGUUCCAUGGUCUGGGGAUUCUUCUUCUUUUUCUAUGUCGAAGCCGGUGGCUACCUUGGAUUCUUUGAGUAGUGGUGGUCGUGGUGGUGGUGACGGCGGAGGUGGCGGCGGUUUUGGAUUGAAGAGGAUGAAAGAGAAUCUUAGUUUUGACUCUUAUGAUGAGAUUGGGUGCUCCUCAUCUCAUGUGGGCUCAGGAGGAUCAUCCAACGGAGAAGCAACAUCUAUGGGCACAUCAAGAUUAUUGAAGCCACCAAUAUUAUGUGAAGUCAAUCAAUCAGUUAGAAAUCAUGAUCACGAUGAAACAGAGUCAAGAACAACGGCUAUCAUACCUCUUUAAAAGGACUUCAAAAGCACAUGAUCACCAAUGAUGAUGAUGCAUCGGCUGCAAUCAUUGGAAUCUGCAGGUUGAGCAGAGAUCAGAGCCGUUAGAUUUCACACACCACUAACUCUCUUACUCAAUACUAACAUACACAAUACAAUCCCUUUGAGGUAGUUUGUUUUUGGGAAAAAUUUCAAUUUUCUUGACAUAAAAAUCACUAUUGUCUUUGUUUUUUCUUGGUUUGGUACCUUUCUCUUCAUUGUGGAAAU